UAAGUGAUAUCAAAAUUCAUCUGUUGGUUUUGCAGGUAACAUCAAUAUUGCAAAGAGGCAAAGUGUAGUUGACAGUGGAACGAUCGAUGGGUAAAUCUCUUAUCCAAGCGCUUCGGUUUUCCAAUAACUGAUCUCGCUAGCUUCAGUGUGAUGUCACAUCAACAUAAAUGUUAUUCAGAUGCAUGAAGACACGAACUGAAAGCUGAGUUUGUGCGGGGGAAGUACUUGGUUGUUUUUAUUCCAUGCUGAGAAAUGUCAGGCACUACGAAUGGGACCACAAUGAACAGCGCCAGAAGACCAAGAAGUCUUUAUGACGACCCAGGCGAUGAAAAACUAAGUCUAAAAAUUGACAAUAUUUCGUCACAACAGAAAACACCCGGGUUUGUUUACGUUCUGACUUUUUUCUCUGCUCUCGGGGGAUUUUUGUUCGGAUAUGACACCGGUGUGAUUUCCGGAGCUAUGAUUCUUCUCCGCAAUGAGUUUCAACUGUCGCUGGUGUGGCAGGAAUAUAUAGUUAGUGUAACGGUGGCUGCUGCUGCCCUUUUUGCACCCAUUGGAGGCUUCUUGAACGAUAGAUUUGGAAGGAAACCAGUGAUAAUGGCUGCCAGUGUGGUGUUCACUGUAGGGGCUCUUUGUAUGGGGAUAGCUGGCGACAAAUACUUGCUUCUAGCAGGAAGAAUCAUUGUUGGAGCCGGAAUAGGUUUGACUUCCACCACAAUACCGAUGUAUCUCGCCGAGUGUUCGCCAGCCAAUGAACGAGGUCGUUUGGUCUCCACUAACAUUGCUAUGGUGGCGUGUGGGCAAUUCGUAGCUAGUGUAGUAGAUGGAAUAUUUGGAUGGUGUCAGUAUGACGUCGGAUGGAGAUACAUGCUCGGAUUGGCAGGUAUUCCGUCCUUUAUCCAGUUCCUGGGGUUUGUCUUCAUGCCAGAGAGUCCAAGGUGGUUAAUUAUUAAUGAGAGAGAAGAGUACGCGCGCCGUGUGCUUCAGACCAUGAGGGGCCAUUUUGAUAUUGACGAGGAAUUUGAUAGUAUUAAGAACAGCUAUAUUGAAGGACGUGAUGGGGAGGUCAACACACCAGUGAUAAUAAAAAUGUUCCAGACGCCAUCAGUGAGACGUGCACUGUUCGUUGGCUGUGGUCUUCAGCUCUUCCAGCAGCUGUCGGGAAUUAACACAGUUAUGUAUUACAGCGCUACUAUAAUACGGAUGUCUGGAGUCACGGGUGAUGAGACCACGAUCUGGUUGUCCGCCUUUACAGCUGCAGUCAACUUCAUUUUCACAAUCUUGGGUCUAUUUUUGGUAGAGAAGAUUGGUAGAAGAGCAUUAACACUUGGAAGCCUAAUAGGAGCAGUAUUAAGUUUAGCAUGGCUAGCCGUAGGAUUCCAGCUAUCUGCAAUGAACACACCAACCAUUUCGUUAACAGAGCAGAGUGCCACUGGUUCCAAAUGUCAAACAUACCUAGACUGUAACUCUUGUAUGCGGGAUUUAAAUUGUGGCUACUGCUACGUUGAUACUGACAGUGGACCAGAAAACGGCACCUGCCUCAGGGCGAACUAUGAUGAACCGUUUAAGGCGGUUUCUGGGCGGUGUAAUGAUUCUCAAUUACCAGGAGAUCUCACAUGGGCAUAUGAUUAUUGCCCAACACAAUUUUAUUGGAUGCCAAUGAUAGGAUUAGUUGCUUACCUCAUAUUUUUUGCUCCAGGUAUGGGGCCUAUGCCAUGGACAGUCAAUUCAGAAAUAUACCCAUCCUGGGCAAGAAGCACAGGGAAUGCUGCGUCGACCUUCACAAACUGGAUUGUCAAUCUCGCCAUGUCUAUGUCUUUUUUAAGCUUAACACAAACACUUACCCGUUUUGGUACAUUUUGGCUGUACAGUGGACUGGCUUUGGUCGGUCUUAUUGUAUUGGCGUUAUACUUGCCGGAAACCAAAGGAAAAACUCUUGAAGAAGUGGAAGGGUUGUUUGCAAGGCCAUGGUGUUGCACAGGCCCCAAGAUAGACUACAACAUUGAAAAUAUUCAAUAUGUUCAUAUACGUGGACUAAAUAGAGAUGGAAGGGAAUCCGAAAUUGAUUCACCAGACUGAUAAUAAUGAAUACUUACAAGCAUUAACCAAUAUCAAAACUACGAUACCAUUGGUAUGAAUGGGAAGUUCCAAGGCAUCAACAAUCAGCAAUGAAACAAGAAAUCGUUGGUCGAUUUUAGACUGCGGAAGCCACUAUUCAAAAAUGUAAUCAUUAUAUAUGUACGGACAUGUAGUACGAAAUAGUUUAUAACAUGAAACGCAUUUCUAACAAAUAAAAUGAUAUAACAAUUACGUUAAAA